ACGUUGCUUGCCGGGCCGGUCGCCGGAGGGCGAGUGACUCUCUGACGGACAGCUGGGGAGGCGGGGCCGCGGUCGGCACCCCGGGGUGGGGGUGGGGGUGGGGGUGGGGCCAGCGCCAACGCCGCCCACUCCGCUUCAGCACCAUGGAGGAACAGGACGCUGCGGUGAUCGUUUCGGCCGUGCGCAGUCCCAUCGGUUCCUUCAAUGGCUGUUUAUCGAGCCUGGCUGCCCAUCAGAUCGCAUCAGUUGUGAUAAAGGAAGCCCUGAAGAAAGCAAAUGUACAGCCAGAAGAUGUGUCUGAAGUGAUUUUAGGGCAUGUUUUAACUGCAGGCGAAGGACAGAACCCGGCCCGCCAGGCUAGUGUGGGGGCAGGAAUCCCCUACCAGGUGCCAGCGUGGAGCUGCCAGAUGGUGUGUGGUUCCGGACUGAAGGCGGUGUGUCUGGCUGCUCAAGCCAUCCUGACGGGGUGCUCUGACAUCGUGGUCGCUGGAGGAAUGGAGAGCAUGAGCCAGGCUCCACACGUGGUGCAGAUGAGAGCUGGAUACAAAAUGGGCAACGCCUCCCUUCAGGAUAGCAUUCUGUGCGAUGGGCUGACGGAUGCAUUUCACGGUUACCACAUGGGAAUCACAGCGGAGAACGUGGCCAAAUCAUGGAAUGUGAGCCGGGAAGCCCAGGACAGGUUCGCUCUGCAGUCGCAGGAGAGAACUGAGACAGCGCAGAAGUCCGGAUUUUUUGUGAAAGAAAUUGUCCCCAUCUCUGUGCCAUCCAGAAAAGGUGUCAUCGAGGUGGUGGACGAUGAAUUCCCCCGUCAUGGGAGUAGCUUCGAAGCCAUGUCAGCUCUUAAGCCAUACUUCAUAAGAGAUGGGACUGGCAGCGUCACUGCUGGUAAUGCCUCAGGAAUAAACGAUGGGGCUGCAGCGGUGAUUCUGAUGAAGAAAUCGAAGGCCCUUGAGAAAAGUCUGACACCUUUGGCACGCAUCAUAUCCUGGGCGCAGGCAGGUUUGGAUCCUGCGGUUAUGGGCACAGGCCCUAUCCCAGCCAUAAAGAAAGCGGUGGAGAAGGCCAAGUGGAAUCUGGAGGAAGUUGACCUGUUUGAAAUUAAUGAAGCUUUUGCAGCACAGUCAAUCGCGGUUAUCAAGGAGUUGGGUUUGGACCCAGACAAGGUGAACAUCCAGGGUGGUGCCAUUGCCUUGGGCCAUCCCCUGGGAAUGUCCGGUUGCCGUAUCCUCGUCACACUGCUGCACGCUCUGCAGCGAACAGGGGGGACUCGUGGGGUGGCUGCUCUGUGCAUUGGUGGUGGUAUGGGGAUAGCCAUGUGCAUUGAAACUCUGUAACUCCAGCCAGAGGCCCGGCAGCAGGCAUUUCACACAAGCUGCAUCAGUGACUGACACACUGCAGAGGUAAUGGCAGGUUCGCAGUCCAUGACUUUGUGAAAAGUACUUCUUGGUAAGGAAGGGGUGCGGACAGAUGGUCAUAGAGUCAUGCCAUGGCCAUCUCAACCAUCAAAUACCCAUUUACACGAUUCCACUUGUUCGGUAUCAAGAAAUUGGUCCUGGGUCCAUCACUUCCUCAGGCAACGUGUGCAGAUACCAACCUCCCUCCCGGUGAUAAGGUUCUUAGUAUCUCCUUUGAGCCCCCCUUACUUCUCACCUUAAUUCAGAGCCCUCUGGACCUCAGUUUCUCUCUGUCUCCUCUGGUCCCAGUCAGUCCAGUAUUUCGCCAUAAUGGGAACGUUUCAUCCCAGGCAGCGCCCUGGUGACUGUCCUCUUCAACCUCUCCAGUGAAAUCGUGGCCUUCCUGUAGGGUACAGUAUUCUACUUUCUUUUAUAAAAUCAUACUAGGACCUUCCACUAUUGAGUCAUAGAAUCAUAGAGUGAGGAAGCAGGCCCUUUGGCUAAUCUGCUCCUUGCUGACCAAGAUUCCCAACAAAGCUUGUCACAUUUGGCCCACAGACCUUCAAACCUUUCUCAUCUGUUCAUCUGGCCCAGUACCUUUUAAGUUGUGUGUACCUUUUAGUGUACCUUUCUCAGUGACUUUGUCUGACAGCUCGUUCCAUAUACUGAGAACACUCUGGCUGAAAAGAAUUGCCCCUCAGAUUCCUAUUAAAUCCCUCCCCCUCUCCUUUCGUUCUUGAUUCACUAACCCUGGCAAAAAGGACUCUGCACAUUGACUCCAUGAAUCCACCUCAUGAUUUUAUACACCUUGAAAAUAUCAUCUCCCAUGCUUCAUGACGAAGUCCUGGCCUGCUCAAACUCUCUCCAUAAUUCAGUCCCUCAAGUCCCAGCAGCAUCUUUUCAAAUCUUCUCUGCACGCUCUUUCCUAGAACUGGGUGAGCAAAGCUGAACACAGUAUUUCAAAUGUCUUCGACAUCAGUCUAUUCUGCUACUGUGACACAACACACACCGGUUCCUGUACUUGGUGCCCUGAGUAAUGAGGACAGGCCUGUGAAAGGCCUACUCCACCCUCUCUGCCUUUGAUGCCACUUUCAGGGAGCCAUUAUCUUGUGCUCCAUGUUCCUCUUUUUCGACAGCACUCCUCAGGGCCCUACCAUUCACUGUGAAAAUCCUACUGUCAUUUUUCUUCCCAAAAUUCAAAGCCUCACACUUAAGGUGAAUUAAACUCCAUUUAGCAUUCCCAGCUGGCCAAGAUCCCUCUAGUCCCUGAUUCCCAGCUUCACUGUCUACUUUAGCGUCACCUGCAGGCUUGUUACUCAUACCUUGUACAUUCUCAUCCAAAUCUCUGAUAUGUGAAGGCAUGAACUGGUAUAGGGCAAAGGGACUAGCAUCAAGCCUUUGGGAUCCAGUUUGAAAAACAAACAACCACCAUCAGUUUCUGCUUCCUACCGUCAAGCCAAUGGUCUAUCCAAUUUAUUCUGUACCCCAGCAUCCCUCCAUACCUUUACCCCACCCUCUCUGCCACUGUUCUCACCUUUAGUGCCCUGGGUCGCUGCUAACCAUGUCCUACCCUUAUUAGACUCCCGAAAAUGUACCUCCUCCAUUUAUCACCAUUAAGUUCCUCGUGCAAUUGCACUGCUCAGUUAAGCCUCUGAGCACUCUCCUCACCAUCACAACCCCUGCCAAUUUACGUGUGUAACUCUCACUUCGGCUAGCAGCUUAAUAUGGGGGGGGGUUAACUCCUGGCCCGGCCAAACUUAAGAAAUCUUGUUUGGGUGGUUGCUGCGUGAUGUGUCCCGUUACAAAUCGGUAUCCCGGAAUAACAAACAGUCCACAAUAUGUGAUUAAAUGAUUACGCUUUACAAUUCUUACUUUGACUAUAUGGUUAGUAAAGAAAAUGAGAAAAAAGAAAAAGGGCCCAAUCUUAUGAAACAGUCCGUUGCGCAAAGUUGGAGCUCACCGAUAAGCAGGUUGCCCACCAUCGACCUCCUCCGAUCGUCGUCGUCCUCCGGACCCUCGCUCCAAGUCUACCACAUCUCUCUCUCCUCACCUCUCUCCAGCAAAAGACCGUGAAAAUCUCUCUUCCAGACUCACAAGAAAGAACAACAGCAUUCCUAACCGAAUUAUCUCGUCAUAACUCAAACAUUGCUGCUACAGAGAAACCAUUAAUUAUCAGUGAAAUCUUACAGCAUGUUACAUAUGUCAUCUGCAAACUUUAUUAGUCAUCUCUCACAUAUUAAUGUGUAAUAUAUAUUUUGAAAAAGGGGUCCAGGCACCAGUCUCUGUAGUCCCAGGCUUCUAUUCACAACAGUAACCUUUCGUCAUCCCUGUGUCCUGUUACUAAGCCAGUUUCCCAACUUGCCUCGAGUCCCAUGGGCUGUGAUGUUUUGGACCAACCUUUGUAAGUUUUUUAACACACAAACACCCAUCUAACCCCUUACACUUCAUCCCUUUCGAGCUUUCCUGGUCUGUAUCUUCUCCUCCUCUGUAACAGUUGUUAUGCUGUUCCCCCUACAGUAUGUCUGUCUGCGAGGACGGUAGUGGUGGUGGUCUCCAGCACAAGCUGUGCCAACCUGCUUCUCUGCCAAUGUGAUUAGCCACUGCUCUUUUACCUGUGCAGUCCGAGCAGCUCACUGGAAACACCGGUCACCAUGUCCACAGGGUUGCAGCUGCUCUGUGUGCACGUCCAGGACCGACUUCCUGCACACACCGUCACUAGGGACAUGGGCAUCUCCCUGAGCUCCAACACAUCACAGGAGUUUCCUUGCCCCAACCUUGGACUCGAUGCUUAGUGAGCUACGUCCCCCGCAUCUUGCCAUUGUGUCCUGAUUUUGUGACACCUCUCACCUCUGAAAGGUUGCUAUCAUGUCCUGGACUUGCAUACAGUUAAAACCGUUCAGCAAGAUUCAGUGUAGAGGUUCAGACAUAAGACUUUAAGACAUAGGAGCAGAAUUGGGCCAUUUGGCCCAUCGAGUCUGCUCUGUCAUUCCAUCAUGGCUGAUUUAUUAUCCCCCUCAAUCCCAUUCUCCUGCCUUCUCCCUGCAACCUUUGACACCCUUGGUAAUUAAGAACCUAUCAAUAUCCACUUUAAAUAUACUCAGUGACUUGACCUCCACAGAUUCACAGUCCUGUGGCUAAAGACAUUCUUCCUCAUCUCUGUUGGGCCCUCUGGUCCUAGACUCCCCCACCACAGGAAACAUUGUCUCCAAGUCCACUCUAUCAGGGCCUUUCAAUAUUCGAUGUUUCAAUGAGAUCUCCCCCUCAUCCUUAUAGACUCCAGUGAGUACAGGCCCAAAACCAUAAAAUGCUUCUCAUACAUAAACCUUUCAUUCCCGAAUAAUUCUUGUGAACUUCCUCUGGACCCUCUCCAAUGCCAGCAUAGCAUUUCUCAUGUAAGAGGCACAAAAACUGCUCACAAUACUCGGCAAGUGUGGUCAGACCAACGCCUCACAAACCCUCACCACCUCAUCACUCACAUUUCCUAGUUCUCUCAAAAUGAAUGGUAACAUUGCAUUUGCCUUCCUCAGCACCAACUCAACCUGUAAGUUAAUCUUUUGGGAAUCCUGCUCCCAAGUCCCUUUGCAAUACCACACACUUCCCCACACUGUAUUCCAUCUGUCACUUCUUUUCCAAUUCUCCCAAUCUGUCUAAGUCCAGUCUGUCUCAAAGCCAUCAAUUCUAUCGGUUUCCCCAGCUGUGAGUCUUGUCAGCUAAGUGCAGGCCCACAGAAAACUUGGGGGUGAGCAAGAAUGGAAAUUUGGGGAAAGGCAUGUAGCUAGGGGGAGAUUGAAAAGGUGGAGAUGGUUCGAAAAUGGUGACUGGACAGAGAGCCAGCCGUCAGCAAGGAGAGUGAGGAGGGAACUGCUGGGUGAGCCGAUAUGAACGGAGAAGUGGAAAGUCACUGGUACUGUUGAUACACUGCCACCUCAUCGUUACUGACAGCCAGUAACGUGGGAGCCCAGAAAACGUAAUCCGGCCCAGCCUCCCUGGAAGUGGCCUGCUGGCAGACUCUGUCACUGUGAACGUGGAGGGUGGGGUUGUUGGCUGUGUGUGAACAUGCGGGACCCCUACUGCGAUUGCUUCUUAAAAGCAUGACAGUCUAUUAGCAGCCCUGAGCCUAUUUGUGAUGCAUGAAUAAUUGAAACUGGAGAGAACAGAUCACUUGUUCGUCGAGGUGGCCUCCAUCUGGCACAACAAAAUAAAGCUGUGAAUUAAAGAAUUCA